CUGUCAGCUGUAAUCAGACUCAACCAGCCUCACCUGGCUCCUGUGUUACUGUGACAACCAGGUGAUUAGCUCACCUGGCUGCAGAAGGGAAGCUUUUCCUCCACAGAGACACAGAUGAGACAGAAGAGACACUUCUGCAAUAUGAAAACUACUGCUUUCAUCAUCGGACUCUUAAUCUGCUGUGAGUUCACGGAACAAACUACAGCUGAAGAUCAACAGGAAGGUUUCGUGGAUGCUGUUGUUCAGUCGGAGUGUCGGGAUCGUUACUUCUGGAUCCGCGUGACCUCAGCGCAGACGCCUCGCUUCGAAGCUGUAGAUGAAAAUGGCGUCCACUUCCUCAGUGAGCAGCUCGCCUCGCGCUGCGGUUACACCAUCAGCACCUUUAAGAUGGACAGCUUCACCACCUUCAGAGCGUCAUACUACUCCUGCUUCACCCAAAACCAGGAUGACGAGUUGUUCACCUUCAGAUUUAACGUGAUGCUGAGUGACGCAGGUGGAACGUGGACCAGCCAGCCGGUCUCUGCGGUCUGUUCCGGUUUUAGCUGGACUCACAGAGAGAUCAUCUGUGAGGAGGACUACAUGGAGGUGAACGUGAACAGAGAGUCUUCGUGUGAAGGACAACAGGGGGACGGUGGACAGAUGUGGCAGGCUGCCGUCUCUCAGGCUCAGAGGACGGCCUCUUCAGUCUGGCAGCUGAUGUUCCUACAGACCAAUGGACCGGCGUCCUCCAUGUCCAUCAGUGAAGCCGAGGGGUGGGGCUACAGCCUGACCACCACCGCUCGCAGGGUGGUGCUUCGCUCUCAGUACAAACCGCCGCACGCCGAGCUCGCCAUGGUGGACGGCGUCCCCGUGGAGGUCGUCCGGGUGUCUCUGUUCUUUAAGCAGAAGCUGAUGGUGGUGAUGAUCGACGUGUCCAUGGCGUGCGCCAUCGAUUCGGCUUCUUUUGACGGCGCCCGGUUGCUCUGGGACGUCCCCCGGGUCCUCACCCCUCUGGUCGGUGAGGGGGCGGGUUUUGAAAGUCGGAGCCUCGGCGUAGGGGUGGAGGGGGUCCUGCUGGACAAACACACAGCUGAGACCAGAGGAUUCAGUCUGGUCCAGAGAGGUCCCCUGAUCCAGAUCAAGGUUCCCUUUGGGGCGCAAGGCGGCUACAGGAAGAGUUUGGUGGUGAACAAUGUUUACAAGGAGACGUUCGUGAUCCUCCUGAUGUACGAACACGUCUUCUCUCUGCUGUACCAAGACGGCAGCAGCAUCGACACGAGACACCGAAUGCUCCGAGUGCUCGACACCCCGCUGCUCUGCCGGCCGCCCUUCAGCAUCGACCAGACUGUGAGUGACAACGAGGCGUUCAGCGUCCUCCUGGGAAACAUUCCCGCUGAUGUCAUGUUGGAGGAAGUCCGGAUCAACAGAAAGCAGCUGAUGAUGUCAGAGAGCGCCGGGCGGGGCUACAGCGUGCGUCCUGUCAUUUACGCCAACGGCAGCCGAGCGUACGAGCUGCGGCUGCCCUUCGAGGACGCCGCGGUGCACUGGAUGUACCUGGGUCAAGGUGUGGUGCAGUACUCCAUCGAUGUUAACUUCACGUUAACCAUCAUGCCUCAGAGAGACUCGUACUACCACCAAACCCUCAUCACAGCACGAGUCCUUAAUGCCUUCCCUCCAGAGAUCACAGCUCAGUGUUCAGACAGAGGAACCACCUUCAGCGUGGUGAGACCGCCUCGAGGCAGGAGUCUCUGGGAGGUGGGCAUCGACCAUGAACCUCUGACACCACAACUGGCAGUCCAAAGAGGGUACCGCCUCCACAACGACACCCACAGGACCACCCUGGAGGUCCCUGUAUUCUCCAUCGGAUACACCUAUGAAGGCAUCAACUUGUCAAACUUUUAUGGAACGUUUAAGCUUCUUCUGAGAGACGCCAAAACUCUGGAGGUCCAGACAUCCACCUCCAAACGCUGCCUCUUCAGAACUCAGGAUAUGAUAGUCUGUUCUGCAGAUGGGACUAUGACAGUGGUAACGACUCCAACCUCCACCUGGCCUUCAGUGCAGCCUGAAAGAACCACUCUGCUAGACCCCACCUGCGGACCCAAACAGACCGAUGGAUCCAGAGUCCUGUUUGAGUUCAAGCUGGACUCCUGUGGAACCAGAGCUAUGGUCGGGGAUUCAUACGUGGUUUAUGAGAACGAGAUCCUCCAUGACAGACAGUUAAUCACAGACGGACCAAACCUCAUCUCCAGAGAAUCUCAGUUCAAACUGACCGUGAGGUGCUUCUAUCCUCUCAGCGGAGUCAACAGACUGUCUGUGGACAGGAUCUUCAGAUCAGAGACUCCUGGAUUUGGUUCAGUCAAAGUCUUCGAGAGUCUUAAAGAUUCAGCAGAUAGACUCCCUGUCAAAGACUGUUCACAUCAGGUAUCCGGAAAUGCUGUCGACACCCCGACAAACCAGGGCUACCAAACAUACCAAACCCCAGCAGCAGGGGGAGUCCUGCCUCCUUCUGGCAUCAGGCCUUGGCCCAAACCUGGACCCAGCCACUUCAUCACAAUACCAGGAAGACACAGCAAGCUGCACUACUCCUCCCAAAACCUCCUUCAUCUUCCUCCUCCUCCUCAGGGUCAAACCACCGAAACCCACCAAGUCCCUCUGCAGGGUUCAUCUCCUCCAGGUCAUCUUGUGUCCCAGACACAGGAACAACAUCUCCCCAUCAUUCCUUCCGGAUAUGACCACUUAUCAGACAACAACGUCCAUCUGCCGAACCUCCACACACCAAACCCUGACCACUUGGCCUCGGACUUCAGUUCCUCCAGCGGGAUUCCUGAUUCUCCAGUUGUGAAACAGUUGGAAAGUGACUGGAGCAGCUCGGAUCAGACUCCGACACUUCAGGGACCGGGCAUUUUAGGUAACAAUGUUUGGCACUCUGGCCUAACAUGGGACCAGCUCACUCUUGGCCAAAGUGGUCUCACUAGGCCAAAUCAAGAAAUGAGGAGUCCUACAGUCGAUCUUUCUCCUGACAUGCAACAAUGGAACCAGCACAAUCUGGAUUUGAGCGACUACUGGUCCUCAGGUGGUGGGAGGAAAAUGGUCAACACUGAAGAGAUACCCGGACACCUGCCUCAAACCUCACAGCUUCAACCAGUUUUUCAAAAAUCAGCCCAGUACAACCCAGACUACACCAGUGAACAACUUCUGUCUGAACACGACGAGAGGUAUCUCCCUGUAAGUCCCAAACCCACUGCAUCCACAAAUACUGAGUCUGACUUGUCUGGAGACACAGGGGGGUCUGAAACCACUGAAUCAACAUCCACUGCGACCAGCAGAGUCCACCAAAACCUGAACAGACCAGGUACGAUCGAACGGAGGAACACUGAGACAGUUCAGUCCAGGGUGCAGCUCAUCCGAGUCAAACCUCUGAGCAAAUUUGUUUAUUCUGGACAUCAGCUCAACCAGAAACCUGUUAUCCAACAAGUAAAUCCACCGUUCUCUAAUCUCUCCCAGUAUGCCACUGGUGUGACAGCUGUCAGCAGCAAUGGGAACCACAGGACCUCGCAGCGGCUUCCUGAACAAAGAUAUUCAAACACAAGAGAGGAACGUCUUCCUGAGAGAACCAGUUUCUCAACACUGAAACAGGAACAAGGAGUUCACAGCGGUCGAGUAAAAUCAGACCAGUCUGCAGUGACCCGCCUCACAGACCUGUCCCCAAACCAGCAAGAACACCAGCGGAAACCAGUCCAUCUGUCCCCAAACCAGCAAGAACACCAGCGGAAACUGGUCCAUCUGUCCCCAAACCAGCAAGAACACCAGCGGAAACUGGUCCACCUGUCCCCAAACCAGCAAGAACACCAGCGCAAACUGGUCCAUUUGUACCCAAACCAGCAAGAACACCAGCGGAAACUGGUGCAAUCAGUGGCUGAGAGAGGAGACAGUAAAGACCAGGAAUCUCGGCGUAGAAAUGUCCAUCAAACAACAGGCGCAUCUCACAUCAGAGUCAAACCUGUUUCCAGUCUACCAGUAAGACCCCAAACCCGUGGUGAACACAAGCUGCAGAACCCCACGUCUCAGUUGGACACCUACAGUGUCACACCACAGAACGUCCCAAACAGUCCUGUCCACAUCGGUGGACAUCAACCAAACAGGUAUCAGGACCUCAGUCCCACUGCCAGGGGAGUUGGGUUUACUGGUUCCCCCAGUGAGACUUAUGGGUCUGGUGGUUCAGACCUGAAGGUCCACAGCAGGUCUGACUGUGGCAGUCAAUAUGGAGCCAGUGUUCACCAGGGCAUCCUGAGAGGUACACAGAUCAGCUGAUGAAGACCCAAAACAAACAGUUCUGAUCAAACACUGUCUGCAGAAUCUGAUUCAAUAAAGUUUGCUCACUCUCA